GUGAUGCAUGAUUGUGAUCAACUUGGUGCCGCAAAAAUCCUGAAUAAACUAAUACUUUUUUUAAUUGUAUGUUAAUAUAGUUUUCUUUAUGUCAUAAAUCCCAUAAAAUCAUUGAGGGCAAAGCUUCACAGUCACUCACUUUCAGUCUGGGUUUCCAUUAAAGUAAAAGUUUCAUUGGAAACCCCCCUAGAAGAGUAUCCUUUGGGUAGCCUUUCGGUGCUUAAAUUCAAACACUUUCAUUCCCUUUUUUUUUUUUUUCCUCUUCUUUCUUUUUUUAUGUUUAACUUGGUGUCAAUAAAAAACGGUUCAAUUAUCCCUCUGUUUUAAUCUCCAUAAUUGAGAUCCCUUCAAUGCUGGAUUCAAUGAGAUAUAUAUAAGCUCAAAACCUCAGACAAAAAUGUAAAAGGCUAAAGCUGCCAUUUCUGACUUCUUAUUCUCCCAUCAUUCUUGGCUUUCUUUGAAUUAGAACCAGAAGGGUUGGAGAUUUGAAGACUUGGGGUAUUUUCAGAAAACAGAUUUUGCUUUUACUGUUUUGAAAAAAAACAUUGCUAGCUUAGCUAGCAAAGUUAAUUUCCAUUUUUCCAUGGCCAUUGAUGUCUGCUCUGAGAUUUCCAGCCCAGGAAUCAGUCCAAGAAUCUCAUUUUCUCAUGAUCUAAACCAGAGGAACACAGUGCCAAUAGAAGAUCAUAGAUUGGAUUCCUCUCUCUUGGAUUCAAGUUCUGAUUUCAACUUCUGCAUUGUCAAUAAUCUCACACUAGAACUUUCUUCAGCUGAUGAGCUUUUCUCCAAUGGUAAGAUUCUUCCUGCCCAAAUCAAGAAAAGCAAUUUCAUUGCUUCUAAAAACACCCAUCACCAAAAUGAGCCUCCUAAGCCUCCUGUUCACCAUCCCAGUACUGAGAUUAACAAUACAGAGAAGAAGAGGUUGAAGGAAUUCUUAUCAGCCAGUUUUGAUGCUGAAGAAGAAGAAGAUGAAAAGCCUGCAAGUAAGUCCUUCUGGCAGUUUAGAAGAAGUAGCAGUCUGAAUUUUGAUACUGCUAGAGGUAAGAGUUUGAUAAAAUCGUUGCAUUUCCUUUCAAGGAGCAAUUCAACUGGAUCAGCACCAAGUUCAAAGCAAACUACAACAAUUCCGAAAGAAACCCAGAAACCAAAUUUGCAGAGACAACAAUCUGUGUCAAGCAGAAGAUCAUCGGUUUCAUCUUGUUCAAGUAACUAUUAUCCAAACAAUUAUUCAACACAGAAACCGUGUCUGAGGAAAAACGGAUCUUAUGGAAACGGGGUUAGAAUCAGUCCUGUUAUAAAUCUCACACCUCCAUACAUUUCCAAAGUUACCAUCAGUUUUUUUGGUUUUGGUUCUCUGUUUUGCAGUGGUAAGGUUAAAAAGAAGAAGAAAUAAUGGGUCAGUUUUAUUCCUUUUUCCUUUUAUUUUUUUCCUUUUUAUUUUUUCUUUGACUGGAUGGAUCUUCAAAGUACAGAUGGAUUCAGCUGUUGUAUUAUUUUGUAUCAUGAACUAGCAUGUGAUUCAGACUCUUCUGUAAAAUUAUAAAAAGAAUUUUUAUUUGAAAAAUAUAA